CGCCCACUUCAAGAAGACAAAAGGCGAAGAAGCCUGACAAGAGCCAAGUCUCCAGGCGGAGAGGCAGUCAUUUCAUUGGCGCUUGAAUCAGCAAAGAAGUCAAGAUGUCCAAAGUUCCUGACCUCUUUGAAGAUGUGAAGAACUGUUACAGUGAAAAUGAAGAAUACAGUCCUGAAAAUGACCAUUUCUCUCUGAAUCAGAAAUCCUUCUAUGAUGCAAGCUAUGACCCACUUCAGGAGGACCGCAUGGAUAAAUCUAUGUCUCUGAGUACUUCUGAAACCUCUAAGCCAUCCCAGCUUACCCUUAAGGAGAGUGUGGUGGUGACAGCGGCCAAUGGGAAGAUUCUGAAGAAGAGACGGUUGAGUUUAAAUCAGUUCCUCACUGAUGAGGACCUGGAAGCCAUUGCCAAUGAAGUCGAAGAAGAAAUCAUGAAGCCCAGAUCAGUAACACACAGCUUCCGUAGCAGUGAAAAAUACAACUAUAGGAGGAUCAUCAAAUCCCAGUUCAUCCUGAAUGACAACCUCAGUCAAAGUAUAAUUCGAAUGGCAGGGGGAAAAUGCCUCACAGCCGCUGCCUUACAGAAUCUAGAUCAUGCAGUGAAAUUUGACAUGGGAGCAUAUACAUCAAGAGAAGAUUCUAAACUUCCUGUGACUCUAAGAAUCUCAAAAACUCGACUGUUUGUGAGUGCCCAAAGUGAAAAUGAGCCUGUAUUGCUAAAGGAGAUGCCUGAGACACCCAAAAUCAUCAAAGAUGAGACCAACCUUCUCUUCUUCUGGGAACGUCAUGGCACUAAGAACUACUUCAAAUCAGUUGCAUAUCCAAAGUUUUUCAUUGCCACACAGGAAGAAAACCUUCCCGUGCACCUGGCAAGCGGGCUACCCUCUAUCACUGACUUUCAGAUACUGGACACCUUGUCUUGACUCUGGAGUCUACUUACUUGUGAGGUGCUGAGAGUCCAUAUGUACUAUGUACAUAGAGGAGUCAAAUCUUUUACUCUUAGUCACUUACUGAGCAUGUGCUGAGGCUUUUGUAAUUCUAAAUGAAUGUUUACUCUCUUUGUAAGAGAGUGAGCAAGGUCUAAUGGAACCAACGUCAACAUAUAACACUGUUUGGUAUUUAAAGAACACCCUAUACUUUGCAAACUACCAAUCAAUUUAAUUAUUCUUCUUUGUAACAAUCUUAGGAGAGCUACUGAAUAUGGCUACCAAAAAGACUCAACCCAUAUUACAGAUGGGUUAAGUAACUGAGGCAUAAGAAAUACCCACAACAGCAGUUGGAAGGAGAAGCCAUACACCCAGGAUUUCAUUCCAACUGCUUGCCUUUAAGUUGCUGGUGGACCUUAAUCAAAUACUAUAAGUUUCUGGGACCUUAGUUUGAUUAUCUUCAAAAUGGGGGGGAUGUACUUAUAUCUUUCCUGCCUCAACAGUAUUUUAUGCCAGUCGAUAAGAUCAGUUUAUUAAAAUGCUUCUUGAAUGAAAAAUUUGAGCCUCAAGAAGUUAAACUGUAAAAUAUUUAUUAUUUUUGUUCAUAUAUAUUUAUGGAUAUAUUUAAGAUAAUUAUAUUAUUAUAUUUAUGGCAAUUCUUUAUAUUCUCAGAGUAUGACUGAACAUCCUUAACAAUAGUAAAGAGUGUUUUUCAGGCUAAAUGAGUUUUAUUUAUUGACACAGAGGCACUUUGGUCCAAGUCUUGCUUUUUGCAGUACCUGGAAGCUCUACAAUUAUGAUAAUAAAUUUAUAUUAAUACCUUGGGCUAAUCAUUGACAAUUUUUCAAUCCUCUACUUUUAAACUUGCUAGCAUUCUUGUGUCAUACAAUUUCACCUGCUAUCAAGUUCUACUAGCUAAAAAGGGAUAAAAUUAACUUUGGUGACAACUGUUAAACUAAACUUUCUUUUCUGGAAUGUAAGCAAUGUUCCUUCUAGGUUCUAAAAGUUGUGAUCAAACUAUGGUGUUAAAUUACUACCAAAAACAAGGACCAAUACAUUAUUAUAAAUCAUAAUUGAAUAAAACUUACAAAAACGUA